CCCGUCCCCUCGCUCGGGUCUGGCCCUCUGAGGUGAGGUGCUCCUUUUCGCCUUCUCCUCCUGCCCCGGGGCUGCCCCGAGAAUCGGGUGGAAGAUGGCCAUGGAUGUCACCUUCCUGGGAACGGGCUCUGCAUACCCAUCACCUACCAGGGGAGCUUCUGCUGUAGCUCUCCGGUGUGAAGGUACCUGCUGGCUCUUUGACUGUGGGGAAGGGACACAAACGCAGUUCAUGAAAAGCCAACUGAAAGCAGGGAGAAUUACAAAGAUUUUCAUAACUCAUCUUCAUGGGGAUCACUUCUUUGGCCUUCCUGGACUUCUUUGUACUAUCAGUCUCCAGAGCAGUCCCACUGCUUCCAAAACACCUAUGGAAAUCUAUGGGCCUGUGGGUCUUCGGAACUUCAUCUGGAGGAGUAUGGAGCUCUCCCACUCAGAAUUGACCUUCCCCUAUGUGGUCCAUGAGUUGGUGCCCACAGAAGAUCAGUGCCCUGCUGGAGAAUUAAAAGACUUUUCUUACCUAGAUGGAGCUGACAGCCCUCCCAAAGAGAUACAAGGGAGAACGAUCCUCCUGGACUCAGUUGAAGGCUCUUAUGUUCUGGUCAAUGAUGAGCAGUUUCUUGUAAAAGCAUUUCGCCUCUUCCAUCGAAUUCCAUCCUUUGGUUUUUCAGUGUCAGAAAAGGAACGUCCAGGGAGACUCAAUGCACAGAAGCUAAAAGACCUUGGUGUCCCGCCAGGUCCUGCCUAUGGGAAACUGAAAAAUGGAGUUACUGUCGUUUUGGAAAAUGGAAUUAAAGUUUCUCCCCAGGAUGUCUUAGAAAAGCCUGUUCCUGGAAGAAAAAUAUGCAUUUUGGGCGAUUGCUCUGGAGUUGUAGGUGAUGGAGGAUUGAAACUGUGCUUUGAGGCAGAUCUUUUGAUUCAUGAAGCCACCCUAGAUGAUGCACACAUGGACAAAGCCAAAGAAUAUGGUCAUAGCACCCCACGUAUGGCGGCGGAAUUUGCCAAGUUAUGUAAAGUCAAGAGACUGGUUCUAACUCACUUCAGUCAGAGGUACAAACCACCUCUCUUGUCUGAAGAGGGAGAAAUAGAUGAUAUUAGAGAAUUAAAAAAGCAAGCAGAAUCGGUGUUGGAUUUCCAAGAAGUGACUCUAGCAGAGGAUUUUAUGGUGAUUGACAUUCCAAAGAAAAAAACCAUCAGCAUUACCUGAGUAUGUUUUCGUGUGCCAAUUUGUAACGGAGCCUACUCUCCAGAUUUCUGUCUGAAAUUAUUUUGGGCCCAAUAAUCCCAGGAUGGGUGGGGCUGCAUUGCUGAAUUGACCUGUGUGGCCUUAAUGGUAUUGCUCAGAGUGGCUCUUAACACCAGCAACUUUCUUAAAAGUCCCAGUUUGAUUAAAUGAUAACCUGAUGAGAUAAAUACUUAAUGUAGUAUAACUGUUUCUUUGAAUAUGAUCCAGUACUUCCCCUUACCAGCUGUGUUUUUUCAGUCAUUUCCUAAAUGCAAACUGUUUUCUUUUUCUUUCAUUCUUCAUCAAUUAAUU